CACACCAGGCACUCCUGUCUUCCACUGCCUCCCACAGUUUGGUCAGACUCAUGUUGGUGGCUGUCCCAUCUCGUCCUCUGUGGUCCCCUUCUCCUUGUGUCCUCCAUCUUUCCCAACAUUAGGGUCUUUUCCAGCCAAAGUAUUGGAGCCUCAGCUUAAGGAUCUGUCCUUCCAGUGAGCACUCAGGGCUGAUUUCCUUCAGAAUGGAGAGGUUUGAUCUUCUUGCAGUCCAUGGGACUCUCAAGAGUCUCCUCCAGCACCAGAAUUCAAAAGCAUCAAUUCUUUGGCGAUCAGCCUUCUUUAUGGUCCAGCUCUCACUUCCAUACAUCACUACUGGGAAAACCAUAGCUUUAACCAUACGGGACCUUUGUUGAUGGUAAAUUGAAACCCAGAUAGUGAGAAUAGAUGGGAGGCAUUGCAGUCAGGUGGAAGCAAUCUUUAAGUACAUUCUGAAGGAAACCAGAUCAUGUAGCGAGAACUACUAUGGUACAGCGGUUGGGAGACUGCAGCCAGGACCACAUAUCCUCAAGGACUGCUUUUCCCCAUAAGAACCGACUCAGACCCUGCGACCCUCAUCUGAGGCUCUUCUUUGUGUGCCCACGAGAGGUCCAGAGGCUGAAGGGCCUUUGGUGUGGUGGCCCCUUGUUUGUGGGAUGCUCUCCCCAGGGAGGCUCUUCUGGCACCUUCAUGACAUAUUUUUAACCCAAAAAACCCCAUUCCCCUUCAACUAAGCCUUGCCCUGGUUAAUAUUCCACGUCCUUUUAAAUGUGAUUAUGAAGGUUGUGUUUUUGUUUUGUAUUGAUCUUGUCUUAACUAUUUUCAUUUGUGCUCCUACCUUCAUAUUUUUAUCCAGUGAACCGCCCUGAGAUCUUAGGGCAAAGGACAAAUUUGAUUUAAAAAAUAAAAUUUAUUCGUCUGUUUUAGUUGCACCAGACCCAGAGAGGCGGCAGGGAGCAGGGCCGGAUUUCGGUUUGAUGAGGCCCUAAGCUUCUGAAGGUAAUGGGGCCCUUUAUAUGUCCAGCUGUCCUUUGUCAACAACUGUUGCUGUUUUUUGUGUUGAAUAUAUGCUAUAAAUAUGGUUAUUUAUGGACCUCAUAGGUAUCUCAAGCCAUUUGCACAUAACGAUUACCCAACACAACACACUGUUGCUGUACGUAGGUUUUAUUUUAUUUCUUUUUUAUCUUACAUUUUGGAAAUGUACAUCCAGUUUUUCCCCACCCAUUAAUUUUUUUGGGGGGUCCCCAGGACAGGGGGCCUAAGCUAGAGCCUGUUUAGCUUAUACUGUACUGUACGUAAAUCCGGCACUGGCGCUGGGGAAGCGAAUGGCCGGCUGCGGGGUGUUUAGCCACGGAACCGGGGGCCGGACAGGAGGCCGCCCCGCCACCGCCCAGGGGCGGGCGGAGCAGAGCAGAGCGCGGGGCCGAGGGGACCCUCCGGCACCCUCGGGCCUCCUCGCAGGGAGCAGGCCGGAGGAGCGGCCUUCGCGCGGCGGGGAGGCCAUGGCUUUCCUGAGGCGGCCCCUCAUGGCGGCGGCCCUUUCCUUCCUGGCGCUCUUCGCCUCAGCGCGGGCCGAAGGAGGCGGCGUGGGCUGCGCCUCGGGGCUGUGGCCUCCGCGGCCUGCUGCCGGCUGGGAGUCCGAGGCCUCGGAGGCCUGCCCGGCGGAGCUCUCCCCUCACGAGGCGGCGACGGGGGGCUUGGUGGUGGCGUCGGUGGCGGCCUGGGCGUCGCCGUCCUUCCGCGGCCCGGGCAACUCGGACCCGCGGCCCAACCGGGAGCUGCCCAUCCUCUUGUGGUGGAGCGGCGGCCUGUUCCCGCACUUCCCGGGCUCCACGGCGCGGCUGGAGUGCGGCGGCGGCUCGUGCCUGGCCACCAAGGACCGCCGGGUGAGGCUCCGCCGCCGGACGCGGGCGCUGCUCUUCUACGGGACGGACUUCCGCGCCUACGAGGCGCCGCUGCCUCGCCCGGCGCACCAGGCCUGGGCGCUGCUCCACGAGGAGUCGCCCAUGAACAACUACCUGCUCUCGCACGGCGCCGGCGCCCGGCUCUUCAACUACACCGCCACCUUCCGCCGAGAGUCCGGCUACCCGCUCAGCCUGCAGUGGCUGCCCGACCUCGCCUACCUGCGCAGGCCGCCGGCGCUCGGCCUGGCCGAGAAGGAGCGCGCCCGGCGGAGGGAAGGCCUGGCCGCCGUCCUCUACAUCCAGUCCCACUGCGACGUCCCCUCCGACCGGGACAGGUACGUCCGGGAGCUCGCCAAGCACCUCCAGGUGGACUCUUACGGUGCAUGCCUGAACAACCGAGAGCUUCCCAGCACGAGGCUGAAGGACACUUCUACAGCCACCACAGAGGACUCUGAAUUCAUGGCUCUAAUAGCCAAGUACAAGUUCCACCUGGCGAUGGAGAAUGCCAUCUGCCGCGACUACAUGACGGAGAAGCUUUGGCGGCCGAUGCACGUCGGAGCAGUUCCUAUAUAUCGAGGCUCCCCAUCGGUACGUGACUGGAUGCCGGACAAUCAUUCCAUCAUCCUCAUUGAUGACUUUGGGAGCCCCAAAGAGCUAGCAGAAUACAUUGAUUUUCUGGACAGGAAUCCAGAGAAAUAUUUGGAAUACCUGAAGUACAAGAGUCCCGGCGGCAUUACGAACCGGUUCUUGGUGGAGAGCAUGGAGAGGCGGGAAUGGGGAGUGAACGAUAUGACCCGGCCUAAUUAUUUGAACGGGUUCGAGUGCUACGUCUGCGACAAGGUAAACGCCAGAAUGAAGGCGGAGGAGGAGCAUAGGAAGUCUCGUGGGAAAGUGCCGGCCCCUGAGCCUGAAAUCGCCCAGUUCUCACACAUGGGGUGCCCGCCACCAGCUCCCGGGUAUGGAAAUAUUGAAGACAUUCCUGAUGGAGACAGCUGGAAGGAAAUGUGGCUGCAGGAUUACUGGCAGAGCCUCGAUCAGGCUGAAGCCCUCACAGCCAUGAUUCACCACAACGAGUCGCAUCAGGGGAGAUUCUGGGACUACAUGCACCAAAUCUUCAGGAAGAGAACGCAGCAAAACUAACCAGACUUGUUAUUCAAGCUUCUUCAGGGCUACAAGAUACAAACAGGACCCACAGAGUUACCAUCACCAAAAUUGCUGUUCCAGGACAACUUGAAAAUCAUCUUUUAUAUAUGGUCUUCUCAUUUUGGAGAUUACUUUUUUUUAAAAAAAUUCUUGCUUCCAAGAAAAGGCCACUUUUGAACCAGCUUUUGGUAUUGGUUCAUUUGCCACUGCUCCAAGAGUAGGGAGCCUCCCUGAUCUGUGGGGCAAAAAACAGUAGUCAGCAUUUCUGCUGCUUCAGCGUCUCUCAGAAAGUACUUUUUGGUGUGUGUGUGCCAAAUUCCUUAACACGGACUGUUGGGCUUACUCUAAAAGUCCUGAAUGGUUGCACUUCAGGGAUUCCUUCUAUUCAUAAGUAUUCUUCAACAUACAUUGGUUUCUUUACUAUUUUUGAUAUAUUUCAUUUGAUAUGAAAGAUAACAGAACAAGAGUUUACAUAAGCUUAGCUAUGCAGUAUACAAAUAACCACUUCUAUAUGGGCUGAAAUGUGUUAUGAACUGUGCACCUUAUUUUGUGCACUUCCUCAAUUUGUAGAGACUACACAGUUGCUCACUGUUCCCCAGUGAUGUGACGGGUGCGAGCCAGCAGUAAAUCACACUGAGCAAGCUGGAGUUAACUCUUUAUUGGCAAAAGCAGGAUUUGCUUAGGAGUAUCAGGCCUAGUGAGCAAAGCAACCCAUCUCCGGUAGAUCUUGCCCCAUGGAUCAGUUGCUGAAACUGAAAGUCCCCGCCUCCUCACAGCUGCCUCAGUGUUAGAAACUGAGAUAUAAAAGCUAGGAGCUAAAUGGCACCCCAAACCUAGGUUAUGGGCGCCAGAACAGAAUGUCUAGGCACGCUAUUUUUAUAACAAGACUGCAAAGAUGAAAAUGAAUGAAUUGCAGCUAACAUCUUACGUUCGUUUUUCACAUUGUCUAGUCCUCAUCUGAAGACGGCAAAAAACAAAGCCAUGCUUCUCCCGCCCACCCCCUUAAUUGUCGUAUGAGGGUCCCUCAAAAUGCUGCUUUUCUGUAAGGCCAGCUGAGAAGCAGAACCUAUCAGCUUGCCUGACACUGCAAUGAUUUCUUGGAAGUUGGGCAGGCAGGAAUUUCUCCUCCCAUGCCCUCGGCGCCAGCAGUGGCAGUUUUGAUCUGAAAUCUUGGGUGCAGUACUGCGCCCAGAGCUCAGAAAUUGCUUGCACUAAUGAAAUUCCCAGUUGCAAAAUGUGCCUAGAACAAUGGGAGUUUUGAACGCUGAGCUGCCCAAGUCCCCUCCUUUUCAGCCCCCCUCCCCCCAAGCAGUCGGACUGCCUGCGUGAAGCCAGUUUCUUUGUCCUUUUCAUGCCUCCUGGUUCUGGGAGACCGGCGGGAAAGGAGCUUGUUGCAGCAGGAGGGGCCAAGAAACUACUGAGAAUACAGUGCCACAUUAAAUUGUUGCAUACAAGAAGAAAAAAGUGGGUUAAUUCAGUUCUCACGUACUUGUCUGUAGAGCAGGUGGGUUAGUUCAGUUGAGCUCGCAUAGGAGAGAAACUUCAACCAUAUUGAGUAAAAAAGACCCAUUCCUGAUGAACCAUUAGUGACUCUGUUAAUAUGCCAUGUGUUCUAACAAUACAAUGUCCCUUACUUUCGCUAACUACACCUCCUAGGAAGGAACAAAAUAAAAAAUAGAUUCCUUCCAGUAGCACCUUAGAGACUAAGGUCAUUGGUAUGAACUUUUGUGUGCAUGCACACUUCUUCAGAUACACUGAAACAGAAGUCACCAGACCCUUAUAUAUAGUGAGAGGGUGGGGAGGGGUAUUACUCAGAAGGGUGAUGGGAAUGGUUGAUUGGCUGAUAGGUGUGGUAAACCUGUGGAUGACUGUUAAUGGCUCCAAUUGGUCUUACAGGGGAAAAAGCAAGGGGUGAGAUGGCUAAAGAUAGCUUAAUCAUGUAUAAUGAAAUAACAAUCCAAUGUCUUUAUUCAGACCAGGUCUCUCCAUGGUUUUAAGUUUGGUAAUAGGUUGCAGUUCAGCAACUUCUCUUUCCAGUCUAUUUCUGAAAUUCUUUUGUAAUAAGACAGCUACUUUGAGAUCUUGUAUAGAAUGUCCUGGGAGAUUGAAGUGUUCUACUGGUUUCUCUGUCUUGUGAUUCCUGAUGUCAGAUUUAUGUCCAUUUAUCCUUUGGCACUCAGGAAAUCAGCCCUGAGUGCUCACUGGAAGGACAGAUCCUGAAGCUGAGGCUCCAAUACUUUGGCCACCUCAUGAGAAGAGAAGACUCCCUGGAAAAGACCCUGAUGUUGGGAAAGAUGGAGGGCACAAGGAGAAGGGGACGACAGAGGAUGAGAUGGUGGGACAGUGUUCUCGAAGCUACCAACAUGAGUUUGACCAAACUGCGGGAGGCAGUGGAAGACAGGAGUGCCUGGCGUGCUCUGGUCCAUGGGGUCACGAAGAGUCGGACACGACUAAACGACUAAACAACAACAACAACAAUCCUUUGACAUUGGGAUGCGGGUGGUGCUGUGGGUUAAACUACUGAGCCUAGGGCUUGCCGAUCAGAAGGUUGGUGGUUUGAAUCCCCGCGACAAGGUGAGCUCCCGUUGCUCGGUCCCAGCUCCUGCCAACCUAGCAGUUCGAAAGCACAUCAAAGUGCAAGUAGAUAAAUAGGUACCACUACAGCGGGAAGGUAAAUGGCGUUUCCGUGUGCUGCUCUGGUUUGCCAGAAGUGGCUUUGUCAUGCUGGCCACAUGACCUGGAAGCUGUACGCCAGCUCCCUCGGCCAAUAACAUGAGAUGAGCGCCACAACCCCAGUCGGUCACAACUGGACCUAAUGGUCAUGGGUCCCUUUACCUUUUUAUCCUUUGGCGUAGGGCUUGGCCUGUUUGUCCAAUAUAGAGAGCUGAAGGGCACUGUUGGCAUUUGAUGGCAUACACAAUGUUAGAAGAUGAGCAAUUAAAUAGUCCUGAGAUGGUAUGUUUGAUGUUGUUGGGGCCAGUAAUGGUGUCUUGGUUUUUGUGGCAGCAAAGUUGGCAUCUGGGUUUAUUGCAGGCUCUGGUACCAGUGUCCAUGUUAAGUCUGGUGGUGGUAUUAUUGUGAGUGAGGAGUUGUUUAAGAUUGGGUGGCUGUCUGUAGGCAAUGAAAGGUCUUCCUCCCAGAGCUUGAGAAAGAGAACUGUCAUUGUCUGGAGAGGUUGUAGAUCUCUGAUGAUGCGUUGUACUGUUUUAACUUGGGAGCUGUAGUAAUCACUAUAUAUAAGGGUCUGGUGACUUCUGUUUCAGUGUAUCUGAAGAAGUGUGCAUGCACACGAAAGCUUAUACCCAGAACAAACUUAGUUGGUCUCUAAGGUGCUACUGGAAGGAAUUUUUUUUCUUUUGUUUUGCAACUAGUUUAAACCAAGUCUGUUCUUCCUUUACCCAUAAAGCUCACGCUGUGUGCAAACGUAGCUCUUCAGUAAGACUCAUACAAACGUGAUAUUUAUUCUUUAUCCAGAUACUUGGGCUCCAGCACAAUUUUCUGUCUCCAGGUAGUAGAGAACAGGUGCGGUAUGUCAUAGGUAUGACUAGUCACCUGCUGGAGAGAAGUCAUAGGGGUGCUUGUGGCACAGUGAGCCCCUGGCCUUCAGCGAACAGCUUCAUUCCCUGGAGACCAAGGUGGCUGGCUGACCUGUCCUAGCUGGCUCCCAGGCCCUCCCCCUGUGGAAUGCCAUCCCAUCAGAUGCCAAAGAGAUGAGUAACUAUAUAACCUUUAGAGGUCACCUGAAGGCAGCCCCGAAUAGGGAAUAUGUUAAUUUUUUAUUAUGUUUUUAUAUAUGUUGGAAGCCCCCCAGAGUGGCUGGGGCAUCCAGUCUAAUGGUGUGUGUGUGUGUUACAAAUAAUAAAUUGUUAUUGCUCUGAAAGGAUACCCUGAAUAAUCCAAAGGGGGAAAUGAUGGCGAUUGUUCAAUACCAUAGGGCGGGUUUCCACUGCCGCCGCCCCCCCCCCAGCGAAUCAGCAAAAGCAUUUCUUUUUCUGAACAUAAAAUCAUGCUCAGUGCACAUUUUUGUUAUCGCAGUCUAAUGCAAAUUGAGUGACUGUGGUACUUGCCAUGCAUGUUGAUGGUCUGAAGAGCCACCUCUCUUCUCCGCAUCAAGGUAUCCUCACCUUAGCUAGGCCACCCUUUUGGGUUUAACCCUGGAAUCCCCCCCCCUCCCAAAGUAUCCUGUGCAGCAGGUCACUGCUGUUUCCUAACCAAGAAUUCUGCACCACAACAUACCUGUACAGUGGUGCCUCGCUUAACGAAUGCCCUGCUUAACGAAAUUUCCGCUUAACGAAAGGAUUUUUCGAGCGGAGCUUGCCUCGCUAGACGAAUGCGUUUUACGAAAAAUUCGUCUAGCGAAUCGCGGUUUCCCAUAGGAAUGCAAUGAAAUUCAAUUAAUGCGUUCCUAUGGGCAAAAAAAAAUCCAAAAAAAAAUCAAUGCAUUCCUAUGGGAUUCGCUAGACGAA